AUGGUAAUGAUGCGCUACGUGCUGUGUAUCCUCGCUCUACUGCUCUCAUGUGCGUGUGUGCACGUCCUCGCUGAAGAAGUGCCUGCCGCCGAUCUUUCCGACCAAGUCCCUGAUACGGAGAGUGAGACUAAGAUUCUUCUUCAAGGUACUCCUGGUAAGAAUUGCACUAAUGGUGGUACUGCGGAUUCUUCUGGUAAAUGUACUUCUGCUGCAGUGGAACUUGAACAUGGUGGUCCUGAUGGUUCUGAGUGCACUUCUGGUACUCCUGAAACUCCUGAACGUACUUGUACUCCUGUAUCACAACCACCGCCAGCAUCUUCAUUAAAAUCAGCACCACAGCCACCAGUACCAACACCACAAGAAAAACAAUUAAAAGGAGAUAGGAAUCAAGGUCAGGAAAUUGCAAACGAUGAAGCACACAAUGGUGACAAUUCCAAUGUACAAACAGACAAUAAUGAUGAAGCACAUCCCGCUGGUGCUCAAGUUAAACAAGAGAAUCAGGAACCUCGACGCGAAGGAAGACCUAAUGGUGAUGCUGCUCAAGCUGCGGAGAAAAACGGUGUUUCUGCAGGUGACCCUCAACCUCAACAAAGCGCCAACAGUACAACAGAAGGAAAUGCAACUAACCAGGGAGGUGAAGCAGCACAAACUUCACCGUCUCCCAAUACUUCAGGCACCGGGAAUGAUGCUGCAAACGCUGGGAAUGACAAUACCACAACGGGGAGUGGGUCAUCAAAUAACCAAGAAGGUGAGGUGAGAAAUACAGAUACAACCACCACCACAACAACAACGACAACACUUCCUCCUGAACUCACAAACAACAAGAAGGGUGAUGCAGACAGUAGCAGCAGUAUCAGCAGUUCUGUGUGGGUGCGUGUA